UCCUCUCUAGUGAUCACAGCUACUAUCUGGCUUUAUAUCGCACCUGAGCAAUGAGAUGGUGUCUGGCCAUAUCACGUGGUCUUCGAGCAGAUUUGGAGGCUGUUGCACAUAAGAUUCGAAGCCUCAAAUCUAGGAGCCAAGGCUUUAGGUAUUAAGAGUUGUCUCAGAAUCGAGUGUCUGCUGAAAUGGUAGAGGGGGUCGUACAUUGCGGCAAGCCUUGUCAACAAACUUCUCGCUUCGUAGUCGUGGUUGAAUCUUCCGUACUUAACCCCGCAUGCAUUACCAACCGAGAUACCCCGCUAUGAGCUGCAACUCCCGUACAAUACCGUCAUCGAUCUUGUACCCCAAUUUUAUCAUCGUCUCCCUUCGAUGACAAGAGGUAUUCUUCGUCAUAAACUUUGAAACGUCUUGCCCACAUCUUCCACGAAUCCGUAUCAACACGCCACUUCCAUCACCCAAAUACCACAGUUUAGGCGACUCUUAAGCUCAACAAUGGCGAAAGAAUUCCCUCCGGAGAAAGUCAGAGAUGUUGUUUCAGAGGUGGCUAAGUUGUUAAAGGAGAGGAAGGAAUCUAUUAGUGUUGCAGAGACUGCAGCAGGUGGAAUUAUCUCGGCAUCCAUACUUAGCACACCAGGAGCAAGUGGAAUAUACAAGGGUGGCCUAACACUUUACACAUUAGAAUCUCGGAUUUCAUUCGCUGGCUGGACUCAAGCAGACACUGAUAAAUAUAGAGGCCCAACAACGGAAAUCGUUGCCGGCCUGGCCACGAAUGUGAGGAAUAAAUUGGGAAGCACGUAUACCAUCUGUGAGAGUGGAACUGCAGGACCAACAGGCGGGAAUACACCAAACAGAACUCCCGGAUAUGUCGCUCUGGCAGUUGCAACUGAGAGCGGAGUGUACAAGCGGGAGCUGUCGACUGGACUUGGUGGAGACAGGGAAGCAAACAUGAUCCAGUUUGCUGUUGAGGCUUUGGGACUCCUGAGAGAUGUUAUCAAGGGCGACGCAAAGCUUUAGGUCUAAACCUCUGUAGGGGAGAUUUAUAACCAAGUCAAUCAGGAGCAGACUAGUAUCUCUCAAUCUGAGUAGCGAAACUUGUUAUUGACGUGCAUUGGGGAAAGACAGACAACAAAAAAUGCUUGUGGCUCAGCAUAAUUCCGUGAGAGAAUAUGUAUAUUAUGUGUACAAUGGAAUCUGAUUGGCG